AUGGUGACCCUUCUUUGGGGGGAUGAAGAUUUUGACCAACGCUUCAUUGAGCAUCUGAUGAAGGUGUUCCGCAAGAAGACCCGCAAAGACAUGAGAGCCGAUCCUCGAGCUGUCCACAGGCUUCGACGAGAAAUUCGAAAGCGAGAGAGCCAAGCGAGCUUUGAGCACCUCCAGUUCUACAAAGAUCGAAACUUUAAGCUGGUCAAGUCGGACAUUGACGAAUUCAUUCUCAUGGGUGGAUCCACUCGAAUUCCCAAGAUCCAGCAACUGGUCAAGGAGUUCUUCAAUGGCAAGGAACCUUCCCGAGGUAUCAACCCUGUUGAGACUGUGCCUUUUGGAUCUGCUGCUUUUAAGGCAUGCAUUCUCUCGGGCGGAAAUUGCGAUGAUAAGAAUAUGGUGCUUUUGGAUGCGAAACCCCAUUCCAUGGGUAUUGCCACCGAGAGAGGGAACAUGUCUGCACUCACUCCGGGAUAUACGGUACGGUGGUGCCAACAACCAAGUCGAAGAUCUUCACCCCUAACUUUGACUUUCGGCGUACUGUUUCGGCGUAAAAUUCAUAAGAAGGUGAAAGUCCCUUUGUCGAAGAUAACCAGUUGCGAAUUAACCGACCUCCAUUGCGUGCCUCAAUGUGAGGCUGAAAUUCAGGUCGAUGUCAUGAUCGACGCUAAUGGUAUUCAUCAAGUAAGUGUCAACUCUUGA